CUUCCAUCAUCACUUCCUAUUUUAUUCCAACUUUCUUAAAGAAGCCAAAAAAAGGAUGAUGUCAGAAGUUAAGGAAUAUUCUGACAAGGAUAGGAUGCCCUUAAGGGAAUCUAGAGUCUUGAAUGGGCUUUUAGAAUUCCAAGAAGCUAGGGAAUCUCGAGUCUUUAAUGGGCUUUUAAAGUUUCAAGAAUCAAAGGCCCAAAUUGCAUAUUUGUAGCCCGUCGGAAACGCAAUGAAAAUGAUGAAUCUGAAGACUGACUCAAACAACAUCUCUGUAGGGUUCUUCUUCCUUGCUUCUUCGAGUCUCGAUCUCCUCUCUCAAUCUCAGUCUUCAGCUUCCAAUUGACUUUCAACAUGGCAGAUGAUGAAGUUGUUGAUCCAAAGAAGUACCUUGAGGAAUCUUGCAAACCAAAAUGUGUGAAGCCACUUCUCGAAUAUCAGGCAUGUGUCAAGAGAAUCCAAGGUGAUGAUUCUGGCCACAAGCAUUGCACUGGCCAGUAUUUUGACUACUGGCAAUGCAUUGACAAAUGUGUUGCACCAAAGCUGUUUGCGAAACUAAAAUGAAAAGAGGUGAAGCUGGAGACUCUAUUGUCUUGAGUUUGCUACAUGUGGUUUAAAAUUGAUGUAUAAAAUGCAGUGGAUGUUGAACUUUUUUUUACUGCAAACCAGAUUGCCAAAUGGCUCUGCUUCUUGGUUUUGUUUCCAUCGCAAGUUUGCGCUUACUACAUUUUUUUGCUACUUGAGUAAUUGCAUGGCCUAAUAACAAGAUAUGUUGUGCCUUUCUUUGGUCCAAUUGUCGUAGACAAUGCGUCAAACAAAUCAUUAGGCUUGAAGUUUCAAUAAAGAGAGAUUUUCAAGCCUCUGCUAUUAGGUGGCCUGGUACUAUGGCCAUUGAUUAGGAUUUCUUAGAGCUUGCCAAAGUUUAUGAUCGGACUAACUCUGAAGCUUAUUGGUCUUAAAAAGAUAACUAUCUAAUGAUGGCGGCUACAAGAAGAUAUUUUCUUUUAAAAAAUUUUGAAGGUGAAAGAAGGUUGAAUAGUCUUAUGGUGAAAUCACAUGUGACUGGAAUGAAGUGAAGAACUGUUUAGUGGAGUGUGUGAUGCAUGCAGCAGCCACUUUUGAAGGACAGCUUGGACUUUAGAGUGAGAGUGAGAUGUAUGG